AUGUCAUAUAAAUUUGAAUCUGAAGUUUUGGAAGCACUUGAAAAAUUACUUAAAACUGAGACUAAUUAUGAUGUUAUCAUUCAUAUCGGGAAGAAACCUGAUAAUAAAGAAUUUCACGCACAUUCUGGUUUUCUAUGUUGUAGAUCCAAUUAUUUUAAUUCGAUCAUUUCUGCAAAAGAUACUAUUAAAAAAGAUGGGAAAUAUAUAGUUAAUAUGCCAAAUAUUACUCCUCAAGCUUUCGACGUUAUUAUCACGUAUUUUUAUACUGGAUAUGUUAAUAUGACAAACAAAACUGGUGUUGAAAUUUUAAACAUGAUGACCGCUUUUGACGAUUUGAAAUUGAACCAAUUAAUUAAACUUGCCGAAGAUUUUCUUACCAAACAUCAUCAAAAUUUCUUAACAAAUGAUCCGAUUGAAAUUCUUCAAAUGGUUCAUUCUCAUAAAAUCUUUAAUAACAUACAAGAUUUUUGUUUGAAGUUUAUUUCCUCAAAACCUAAUAUUUUAUUUAACUCUGUUAAGUUUGCUAAUUUACUCGCUCCUCUAUUGGAGAUUAUCUUGAAACAAGAUGAUUUAGUUUUAGAUGAAAUUGAAAUUUGGGAAAAUUUAGUUAAAUGGGGAUUAGCAAAAGACAAAAUUCUUGAUGAAGACGUUUCUAAAUGGAAUCAAGAAAAGUUUAAUAUUUUUGAAAGAGUCCUUCAUAAACUUAUACCAUUAAUUAGAUUUUAUGAUAUAUCUUCAGAAGAUUAUUUCAAUAAAGUUAGAACCUAUGAACAAAUUUUAUCUAAAGAAUUACGAGAAGAUAUCUUAAAAUUUCAUAUGGUUCCUGGAUAUAAACUUACACUCAAUAAAUAUCCAAAAAGAUGUUCAAAAAGUAAUAUUGAUUCUUCAUUAAUUAAUAUAGAACAUAUUGCACUUUUUUCAAAUUGGAUUGAAAGAAAAGAUAAUUACAAGUAUAACAAUAAUAUGCCUUAUGAAUUUAAUCUUAUUUUACGUGGUGGUCGGGAUAGUUUUGACCCUAAAUCAUUUCAUAAUAAUUGUGAUAACAAAGGAGCAACUAUUACAGUUAUAAAAAUUAAAAAUUCGGAUCAAAUAGUUGGAGGAUAUAAUCCCCUUGAUUGGAGUGGACUAAGCAAUAAUAAUACUCCAGAUAGUUUUUUAUUUUCAUUUAAUGAUAAUAGAAAUAAUGGUUCAGGUAUAAUUAGUAGACCAAUUAAAAACAUUAACAAUGCUGUAAUAUGUGAUCCAAAUUGGGGACCAGUCUUUGGAACAUGGGGUAAUGGUAGUCAUGAUUUAUGUAUGCAACGAGAUGGUCGAUGGAGUUCUUAUCCAAAUUCUUACACUGAUAUUAAUAUUCCAAAAAAAUAUUUUGAUAUUGUUGAUUAUGAAGUGUUUCAAGUCAAAAAAAGGAUUACUACUUAA